UUUGACUUCACUGCUGGUAACGAACGUUGUAUCAGAACUAUCCUCCUCAAGUUCUUCAACUCAAAGGACAAUAACAGGAAAGUAGCCUACUGCAUAAUGGAAGGGUCAGCUGAUCUGCGGAUUGUCAUGUUGGGUAAGACUGGAGCUGGGAAGAGCAGCACAGGCAACAGCAUUCUGGGAAAGAAUGUGUUCCCAACUUCAUGGGCUGCCAACUCUAACACAGCUAAGUGUCAGGCUGAAACGCAGACCGUCGAUGGGAGAAGCAUCACUGUGAUUGACACACCAGGGUAUUUUUCUACUGACUGCUCUCAUGAUGAGCUGAAACCUGAAAUUGCCAAGUGCAUUAUAGAGUGCACCCCCGGACCUCACGCCUUUCUGAUAGUGCUGCCAGUACGGAAGCAAACUCCAGAAGAGCGGAAAGUGGUGGAAGAAAUUCUGGAAAUGUUUGGCGAAAAUUGUCUGAAGUAUGCCAUUGUCCUUUUUACCCACGGGAAACAGCUUUCAGGCAUGCCCAUCACAGAGUUUGUGGAAGGCAACACACAUCUGAAAAAGCUUGUCCAAAAGUGUGGAGACCGGCUUCACGUCAUUGACAACACAGAGUGGAAUGACGAAAACAACAGCGUUCAAAUCAAGAAGCUGCUGAACACAAUUGAUCAGAUGGUGAGAGACAACGGGGGAAAGCACUAUACCAACGAGCUGCUCCAGGCUUUGCAUCAAGCCAUCGAGAAGGAAGAGGAAGAAGUCAUGAACCAAACUAAAGGACUUUUACCUAAGACCGCUGUCAGAGAAAGGGCGAAACAGAAUGUAAUGGAAAGGUUUUUAGUCCUGGUAGCAGGCAUUGCAACCGGAGGACUCUGGCUGCUGACUCUUCAGCUGUUUGAGUUGGAGUUCCUGUGGCAGGCAGGGUGGGGCUGGUGGAGGGUGUCAUCGUUGGUGGCUGAGGGGUCCCUCUUCCAGGAGUCUGUAGGCGUGGUGGCGAUGGCAGAGUCGGGGCUGGAGCAGGCGGUGUCGUCGGGGUGUUGGGGACCGGGGCUGGCUGGUGCGGUGGAGGUGCGUGAGGAGGUGGACGGGGCACCGGGCAGUCCAGGGAUCCGGAUCUCGGGUCGCUCCCUCUUCCCGGAGGCGGUCUUCGUUUUUAGUCCAGCACUAGGAAGACUCAGCCGCUUCUGA